UUGACUGCACUCUUUAAAUUCAGUCUCCAAAAUGAUCAAGUUGUUUGCCGUGGUAAUCUUGCUGACCGUGAGUCCGCCAUCGUCUUACUCUACUCUAGUAGACGAUGUGUAUAGUUGUAUACGGUUUCAGCUUAAGGCAUUAAAAUUCCUUGUGGGUUCAAAGGAUAUAAAUUUCCAAUGUGUUGGAUUAUGUGCAUAUGAUAUUAUCAGAAAUGUUACACCGAUUGAUCUACCUAAAGGCACGGAACCCGAAAUAUGUCAUAGCAUGAAUGAAUAUGGCAAAUGUAAGUACGCAGAUGGAUUACGAAAGUGUCUUCCACCGAAAUUAGAUGAAAGAUUCUGGAAAGAUCUUUUCACACGAAUAUAAACUUUAAAGUAUUAUAACUUUGGUACAAUAAUGUAAUAAAUCUCGGUUCAUAAAACAAUAA